CGACUCCUAAGUGCAAAUCCAUUGGAACAAUUUGAACUUCAUGCCAGAAUGCUAUCGAGUUUGGUGUUAUUCUAAACAGUAGUUGCAGAGAAAAAAAGCUGUUUAAGUAAAAUUGUGGACGUCGGAAAUCUUCCUUUGCUAACAGAUUUACAAAUGUAAAUUUAAACGGGACAUUCAAGUUCAUUUACUAACAGCUUGCCGUUCAGAUGAGCUUAAAUGUUUGACAGACGUCCCCUGGCCACAAUGUUGCCCGAGCAUUCGGUUAAUUCCCGCAGAAUGUACAAAGGGGCGUCAAUGAACUUUUCAUUUGAAAUAAGUCUGCUAUGCACUCUACACACUAAAUUCAAUUCCAUGCAGAGCGUCAGGGGAAAUAAAUAAUAAAGACCGUGUACGAGAAAGUAUUUUUACAAAAAUAACUUAGCUUGAACUAGAUUAUAAUAAAACACCAUCUGUACGUUGAAGAACAAAUUUACCGCAUGGCGUGUAAGAUAACACACAAAUUAGUUUACAUCUUGUGAGUGUGGUUACGGUUCCAAGUGCAGACAUUAUCAAUCAGCGACUAAUAAUAUUGAAGGCAAAGAAUGGGGUCGAUACCUGAAUACAUAUAUUUUGGAGCAAAAUAUGUAUCUCGGCUGGAUUCCUUCCCUAUCUUCUUUGGGUAUUUGUUGAUGAUUCUACUAGCCGGGCAAUGGAAGAGAUUUACCAAACCACUCAGUCUCAGGCCUAUUUUGGUGAUCUACAACCUCAGUGCAAGUGCCAUCAGUCUCUAUACACUGUUCGGAUUUGGAAUCGCACUGUACCAUGCCGAGUCAUCCUUUGGACGACAAACUUCGGAACAGCUGAAGUUUGUUUACAAAAUCUACUGGUUUGCCAAGGCAUUUGAACUGUUGGAUACAGUGUUUAUGGUGCUUAGACAUAAACAACGACAGAUUUCGUUUUUACAUGUGUAUCAUCACGGAAGUAUGCUAAUUCUUAGUGACAUAUCGUACCAUUUUUACCCCUAUGCUGCCAUAACUUCGUAUUUAGGACUGAAUUCUGCCGUGCAUGUUUUACUGUACUUAUAUUAUGGAUUGAGCGCGCUGCGUCCUGACAACCCGCCACAGUGGAAGAAAUUUUUAACUCAGUUUCAGAUCAUUCAGUUUGUCAUUGAUCUUAUACAUGCAACAAUUGGCUACAUGUACCAUAGUUACUGUAUAUUUGGAAUAUUUUACUGUAUGGCCAUGAUAAUUCUGUUCUCAAACUUCUACUUCAAGGCAUACUCAAAGCGGCCCAAGUCAGAUAAAACUGAAAGAAAAGUAAAAUAAUGUUGGUAUUGUUAUAAACAUAAGUAAAUGAAGUCUGAUAUUACUUUAUUUAAAAUUUAACUGACAAAUAACAUUUAAACAUCAAUGUACCACACAUUUUCACUUUUCAUUUAUUUUUUUGUUCGGGAUUUAUUCAAAGAACAACAAAUUCAGUGAAUUUAUAUCCCCCACUGAAUAAGUUGUUUUGUGAAUGAAGGGACUUUAUUUUGAAAGAUAUUUUAUUUCCACAUAU